AUGUCUUCUGCCGCUGUCCCAAACAUGCGUUCCGCCGCUGCCGAGAUUGUUGCGCCAACAUCAUUCGACGAUCUCCGCCUCGGUAGAUCCGGUCAGUUCGUCGUGGGCCGCCUCCUGCGUUUUUGGGACUCCAGAAACAUUAAGAAGCAAGAACUCUGUGAUCCAUGGAUUUAUUCCUCAUGCUCGCUCCGGUCACUACCGUCCAGGUACGAAGGACAACGUGACAUGCUCUAUAAUCAAACAUUCAAUCUCGAUCAAGUCUCUUUCGCUGAUGAAGGCCUCAAAGACGCGCAACAAACUAUGACGGCGCUAAAGUCUGCUAACAAGGAGCUGAAAGGGAUGAUGAAAACCGUUCAGAUUCAAGAUAUCGAUAAUUUGCAAUAUGAGCUGAUGGAUUUGAUGGAUGUGAGUUCUGAGAUUCAAGAAACGCUUGGUAGGAGCUACAAUGUUCCUGAUGGUCUCGACGAAGAUGAUCUCAUGGAAGUACUAUCUCGAACCAAUCACAUGGUGUAAGUUUCGGUCCAGGACCGAAGUACUGUACUACUUGGAACAUGGAAUCACCACUAAGAAAGGAAGCAAGAAAGCAAAGAACACCGGUUCCAGUUCAGGCAUGAGUUCACAUGGUCUAUAUAAGUUUGAAAACCUUUCACAUUUUUUCAUGCUCGUGAUUAAAAACUAACUUAGACACCAUUAUCCAGUUCUUCACCAUCAAUGCACACAGAAAUGUUGAAGUGGAAUACGGGGAAUCAUCAUCUUCCUCCGCUGUCACUUACACAUCAACAAAAGAAGCGGACUGAGGUUCUAGCACAAGCUCAAAUGAGUAAUUUCAGAUGAAAACGACGUGAACCCGAACCCUGCUUCCGUUUCUUUAAUAUUUCUCUGUUCCUUUGCAUUACUUCUUCAAGACUUUUAAUUAUUUUCUCUAUUUCAUGUUUUUUUAAAUUUGCAAUACUCCAAUGUACUUCAUCAGAGUAUGACUGUUUCUCAGGUUUAAUAGUUAAAAAGGGUUCACGUAA